UCCUCGCCGAACCAGCCGCCAGCGGCCAUACGCUCCGUGGCGGCUUCGUCGUUCAGUCAUCGUAUGACCGUGGGGAACGAGUGUUGUUAUUUCGUUCGUAGUCCGCUAACACCGCAUUACUUAUUAUAUUUACGUGUCUGACACCGCAUAUCCUUUGAACUGUAAUAGACUUUUUGCAGUUAGUUUAAGAAACCGGAUUUUAAUUUGUGAUUGUUGUCAUAUCUGACAGCGCGCGUGUUGUGCUCUAUCGAUAUAACCUGUACAACUUCAAGGGCACGGGCAACUUUGUGCUUUGGAUGCGGUGCUUAAGAAGCUGUUCUAGGGAUUUUAGCCUUGCCUUUUGUAAGAUGUAAGUGGGCGUAUUCGAAAGUUUGAAAAUCGAUCGGGUGACGUGCGUGCGUGGGAUUGCGUUUACGUAAUCUUUGUUUACCUUGGGAAUUUGCACUGUGUUGAUUACCGAGUCCUUUAUCACUACAUCUCUGGCGAUUGCAGACACAACAAAAUACGCUCGAUGUCAAAAUAAUAAUUAGAAUUCCAGUUAACAGAUUUCCUACAUGCUUUGGAGUAAUUAAAGUUAUUUACCAGACAUCACUUGGAAUGACUCAAAUUAAUCAGGAAGCAUUGGCCCUAGCGUCCAGGGCGUGGGCGUGAGAUGGCUCGUGCGGGCAUGCUGCACAGAGGAAAAAAUGGACCCGAAGGCUGCGACGACGUGCAGCGAUCCCUUGAACUGCUGGACCAGGUGCUGAGCGAGUACGACGACUCGCCUCGAUCGCUGGAGGCGCGGGGUCCUGCGCCCACGCCGCCCACGCCCGCUACGCCCGCGGACGACGAUUCGCCCCUCGCCGGACAUACGUCCGAGGACGAUGGAUACAUGAGCAUGAACGGACGCAGAGCGAAGUUCGCGCUGGGCUUUCGACCAACAGAGGAGCGCGAAGAGCCGUCGCCUCCUGACCCUCCGUCACCGCAUUCUCCACCUCCGCCAGAGGAGGCCGAGAGGAUCAUUUCAAACCUCUUACCUAAAGUGUCACCAGCAAAUUCAGCGAAUCGUACAAUAUCGAUAGAGCGACGCGACGAGGACAAACUUGACUCAAUUAUCAGCGUUAAUGGCAUCACCACCGCAACACAAACAACAUUCCCAAAAACAAGGCACCAAAGGCCUUAUGGAUGGGAGAAAGACACCGAAACAAACCACACUCAUUUCAAUCAAUCACCGCCUUUUAAGUUCAGUUCGCUCCAACACGGAACGAGACCGCCCCAGGAAGGCGUCAUCCCGUGGCUGCCUCCGCGUCAAGUUCCCGUCAAGUCUCCCAGCUUCGAGAACCCACCGAUCUUCCCAUUCAUGGGUUUCUCCAGCGAAUUCAACGACAAGCCGUACAAUGAGCAUCCCGUCACCAUUUAUCCGGGACCCAAUAUAUACAAAUCGCCCACGUACAAACUAUCCCCGUCCAUAAAAAUAGAGAAGAAACGAGACAGCAGGUCCGACGAAGAGGUCCUGUCUCCGAAGGGAAAGAUUCCUCCCCGAACUCUCGCCGGUUCUAUGGAGCGACAUAGAGAGGUGUGCAGAGGAUCCUCAGAGGAUAUUGAAAAGAGAGGUGAGAGAAAUGAUGAGGAGCAUUUCUCGGACGAUUCCUUGGAGUCGUUCCCGCCGCCGCCGACCAACAACACGCCUUCGAAACGCAAUUCCAUAGCAUGGGAAGUGUCCCUCGAUGGUGAUGAUACUCUACUUACACCGGGUAGUACAAAGGUUAUCGGGAGACGUAGGAGAAAAUCAGGCGACCAAUCUCACUCCAGCACAAGCUCGAUUCCUCAAAGGUUGGACGACGAUUGGGCAGAAGAGUACUGGCCCCCUCCGCCCCCUCAGUCCCAGUGCGAGAGCCAAGCGUCACCUUCCGAUGCCGAACCGGAGCUACGUCGAACCCACGACCUUUCCUGCGGCACCUACGUCAUCAGAAAAGGCAAAAACCGCAAGCAGUUACCGAGUUUCGCUAAGAGCCCCAAAGCGACCGAUCCCCCUAACCUAAUAAAAAGCCAUAGCCUCAACAGAAGCACGGACAAAUCCAUAGACGGAUCCAGCAUAUCGAUAAGCGGCUCGGGCUCCGUCGGCUCCUACAACUCCAGACCUAGCUCCGAUCUAAGUCUACCUCAGUCUAGAUAUAGUGUCGACUUAAAUUCUCGAUUGAGUCGAGAACUCAACACUCCGAACUCGAGAUAUAGCAUAGACUUAUGUACACCCAACUCUAGAAUAAGCAAAGAGAUGACGUCUCCUAAAUCUAGGCUCAGUUUGGAUCUUAACGGACAAGAUAGGUACAUGAAUCAGGAUUACUACGGACACAGUCCCAAGAGCAGAAAGACGCCGGAGAAGAGGGAACCAAAAGUUCAGAACAAACUGUCGCCGCAAAAUAGAUUCACCGAUUUUAAGAAAUAUUCGUCUACCUUUGAUAAUAUACAAUCGUUGAUUAAGGAAGGGAAAGUCGAGGAGGCACCUCAGAAUGAGUGUAACGAGACGGUCGGUGAGCUCUCCACGGUACCGCCGAACAUGGUCCGUGUCAUAUCUCUACCCACACUCGGGGCGGAGUCCGAGAGCAACAGUGCCAGCAGACAGGCGCUCAUCACCACCGUGGAAGAAGAGGAAGACCAGGAAAUCGCCGAACCGGGCUCCAGCGGGGAGACAUCUCCGCUUCGGAAAAUUGAAAAUAAUAUAAGCGCUAUACUAAGUCAAGGGCGGGACCACUUUACCCCAUACUUACCUAAAGACUGGAAUAUCCAUAAGGAUGAAUACUGUGAUGAAGUGUCUAAAGAUAUAUUAGAAAACAGUUUCCGUUAUAGUUCUAGGGAGAGGCAGAAGAGACACGAUAUACAGAAAUCGUCGAGUCACAAUGAGAUUCAGAACCAGAGGUCGAUCGAGAGAAGAGACCGAUCUUCGGGACGAAGGUCGAAUAGCAUGCAUAAGUCUACCAGUGCCAAAGACGUGCCAGUCAGUUUGAUGCGUCAGCCGUCGUCAUCAGAUUCCGCAGUUUCCAGCGGUGGAGACUUUCCACUUAAUGUGCAAAUCGUGGAACAUUCCUAUAGGCACAAUCAGCUGCCUCCGUCGCCCAAUUUGGGCCACGACAGAGGUCCUUUACCUCAAACACCAGAGUCACCCAAAUUUCCGCCUUUACCGCCCUCUCCUGUACAAGAGGUUGAUGAUGAAUACACGGAGAUAAUGCAGCCGACUGAAAGACGCCACACUAAGAAAGCGGACACAUUACCGACGCCAACACUGGAAUCUCGUAGAAGGCCUUCAGAACCGCCAGCCGUACCACCACAUAGGGAUAACACAAAUAGCCUAAAAACCAGGUCGAUGGAAACCAGCUAUAACAAGAACAGAAGAAACAGUUCACAACAUUUCAAAAGCGGCUCAACGGAUAGAAGGACUCUACCCACAGAUACGGGAGCGAGUGGCGCCCGUCGUCGUACUUUACAGCGACAGAACCGAGACGUUUCCAGUGGUAGGGGGCAGUUGCAGACUUCCGCUAGUCUUCCGGAGACGCCAGUCUUUGCUCGGGGUUGUGACGUCCCUCGUACUCCGCCUAGGAACUCAACUGGACCGCCUAGAAAUAACACUAUGAGUUCUAUGCAAACCAUAGGAAGUAGUGUGACUUUGGGCGGAUAUGGGCGUGGGUCAGUGAUGGGAGCAACGGGAGUGUGUACGGGCGCUGAUCUUCUCAGGAUGGGAGGACCUCCACGAGGCUGGUACCCACGACAGAGGCAUAGGCCCGCCUCCAUCGAGCAUCUAGACAGAAUCUCUUCGUCCAAAAUGGCAGCAGAUCACCCAAUAGCGUGGGACAAUGCUGGUGCUCGCAAACCGCUAACACUACCGCCGAAUUUAACCCCGAAAUUCUUCCAAAAGUCUCCAAGAGAAGCGCUUCGAAGAGUUACAAGCUUAUUAAUACGAAAAGGUAACAAUGGGAAAGAAAAGGAAAACACAAGAAACAAGGAAGCAACUUCCCCUGCAGCACGCUCAGCUAAUGGUGAGGAGCAUCCCGGUCAGAAGCAACGUAAAGGUUUCUUUCGGAACCUUUGGAAGAAGUCUCGCCAUUAUUCCUUAGAGCAUCCAUGACUCAACAACAAGUCAUAUCGAUGGACACUUUGCUUACCAUAAACCCGAACUGCUCUCCGAAGCACGUUACCUACUGUUGUAUUUAACCGCGCACAACUACUAUUGCAAUGAUUUAUUUAUUCGAAAUAAGUAAUAUAUUGUUCAUAACAUUAAGCGUUAAUAUUUUUAACAAAUAGUGUACACGUGUGAAUGUGGCUUUGAGAUGUGUAGUUGUAAGUCUUAGGUACCGACAUGGAUGUUUGAAUAAAUCAAUUAAUAAACUAACUUCCUUAAAACGCGACGAUAUUGUCACUAAUAGUAAAAUUGAAAAGUCCAAUUACUAUUUUACGAUUAUAGUCGUCAUCUUAGUCUCAAGUUGCAGAUUUUUUUAAUAUUAUCAAUACCAUCACUUUUACAGCUGCUGAUCAUUGAAUUUAUUUGAAUGUACAGUAUUACUAUUUAUAAAUGAUCUUUGAACAAUCUUAUAAAAUUUACAAUCUACUACGCUUUUGCGUAUAUUAAUUGAUACUUACUUACUUUCUAUCCCUUAUAUAAAGCUUGGCCUACGUUUUUAUGAGUUUUUCGCCUAGACGCUUCUUUAUCAUGUAUUAAUUAUGAACUGUAGAAAUGUAGAUAUACACAUAGAAGUUUAAGUACUAUGUAUUUCUGUUUUCUCACCACGAUACUUGGGAGUUAUGCUGAAUGACACAAUACAUAUUUAUACAUGUUUACACAACAGCUAUUGGCACAACAACUUUUAUAAGUUUAAAUAUACUAUUUUUGUCGUAGAAUUUAGGCUUGUAAAGUUACUCUUGUAUUGAAUAAUUUCUAAGAACCAAAGUCAUUUUUGAGGACUGCAAGUUUUAAUAUUUUAUACCAAUUCUUGUAUUCGAGUGUACUUAAAUCUCUAUUAUUAUUGUAGAUUUUGUCAGAAGAAAAUAAAUUAUGUUCAUUAGAAAAAAGUUACGAUUUUUAUUUAUCACCUACCCUACAUUGACGCAAUAUACAAACAUGUUGACUGGGAUGUGGUUGCAGCGUCUCGAUGGCAUAUAUGUACAUGAGAGUGAGAUAUGCAGAUCAAACAAAAAUAAUAAACCGCCAAAAAUUUCUUUCCUGGGAUGGCGAGAUGGUUCGUUCAUAUAAGAGGACAAGCCAAAAUCUAUUCACUAGAGUGUGGAUACUUUGAAAGUGAACAAAGGUUUCAGGGCCGUAGGAAAUGGUCUGUCCGGUCUUCCCUCUGGUCUGCCACUCAUAAGAUAAAAUAUAUCUAAAAUACCAUUCCACUAGAAUAGAUGUUGAAUCAAUUUAACAUUUAGGAAUGAAAUUUUGCCUUUUAGCUACUUAUAUUUACUUAUUUAUGGUAUCUGAUAUUGUAAUAGGGUCACGUAAAAAAAUAUUACAAUAAGUUAUAAAAUCAGUAAAUGCAUUUAUAUCAAGGUUACCUAUGUAAUUAAGUGGAAAUGAAAAAAAAAACGAUAUUGUUAUAUAAUACAAAUCAUUUUAUUAUUAGAUAGACACAGUUCCCAUCGCUUAUCAGAAACAAUGUACAAAGCUAUAGUAGUAAUAUCAAAUAUAAACAAUAUGCACCCUUCGUUUACUGCAAGCCUUGUUUGAGGAUAAAGGUUAAUAAUAAUAAUUGAGCGCUUCUAGUUACUGCAGCUAAGAGAAAACAGAAUGCAAAUGGUUUAUGUUUCACUACACAAUAUUAUAAAUGCGGAAUAAUGAAAAAAAAGAAGCAUAGCAAACAUUUGGCGUGCGUUAGGCGCGACGCAUUACAUUGGAUGUUAUAUUUUUCACACGAUGGUUCCAGUGGGACUAGAGAUUUUUCAUUAAAAAUGUAUUACUUUUACUUGGGUUACAGUGUCUUUCAUUUCAUAACAAGCCCUUACACAAAUGCCUAUUUGUAGUUACAUAUAUAAUAAUUGUUGUAUAUCGUUACAGUAAUUUCAUUACGUGGUUAUAGUGAUUUCUUGUCAAGCAUCUGCACACAAAAAAAUUACUUGAUUUGACUUUGCUCUGUCGUAGAAAAAAUUCUGAUGUUAAAGGUAUUAAAACGAAUCUGUUAAAUAUAACAGCUGUUAACGACAGAUCGCUUGAAAAGAAAUAAAAAAUCUCUAUACAUCAUACUUUGGGACCGGCUAGCAAAGUCGCCAUUCUUUACAGCAUAGGUCGAUAAAAAGCAAAUUUUAAAAUAUAAAUUUAAACUAUACACAGUCACAAUUACUCUGUGGAAGCGGUGAGCGUGUAAAAAAGGGUCCAGAAUCCGCAAAGUAAUUGUAUCUGCACACAGUUACUAAGCACAUCAGACACUGAUGACGCCAUAAUUUAUCGAAUAUCAAAACAAAUGAACGAUUCUUAUCACUUUAUAGAAUAUACAAAAUGCAGUUACUUAUU